AUGAACGGUUUCAUGCUUGCGAAGAAGAUUUUGAGAGCCGAAUACUUUUGGAUGACCAUGGAGAGGGAUAGCAUUCGAUUCGUGCAGAAGUGUCAUCAAUAUGAAGUUCAUGGAGACUUUAUACGAGUUCCGCCAAAUGAACUCAAUGUGAUGGGUUCUCCUUGGCCAUUUGCUUCUUGGGGUAUGGAUAUUAUUGGGCGCAUAGAGCCUCCUGCGUCCAAUGGACACCGUUUUAUAUUGGUUGCUAUCGAUUACUUCACAAAAACUUCUACUGAGGCAACUCCCUAUAUGUUGGUUUAUGGGUCGGAAGUAGUGAUACCUGUAGAAGUAGAGAUACCUUCAUUGAGAGUCAUUCAGGAGGUUGGUCUAGACGAUGCUGAAUGGAUUCAUAGCAGGAUCGAACAGUUGAUGCUCAUUGACGAGAAGAGAUUGGAUGCAGUCUAUCAUGGUCAACUCUAUCAAAAUAGAAUGAUCAAGGCAUUCAACAAGAAAGUCAAGACUCGUCAAUUCACACUGGGACAGUUAGUAUUGAAAAAGAUAUUCCCUCACUAA